ACGAGCAGUGUUAGUAUAGAGUACAGUAUAGAGUACAGCGAUAGCGGCUCCAAGAGGUUUGAGCACCGUGAGCUCACUCAGUCGGCCGCCAUGAGCCACUCGCGUUUCCAUAGCUGCCGCUACGCUCUGUCUUACUCCUUCGUUUACACACGCGACUAUCUACUUCACGUCUUUUCACGUUUUUUCAAUUUACUUUUAUCACUUUUUUCCCUUUUGUCCUGCCGGUUUUUGAAAUUUGAAUUUCGCGCUAAAAUUUGAAUUUCGCGCUAAAAUUUAUUUUUAAAAUUUUAAUUUUAAAAAAAUUUUAAAAUUCAUUUCUUGUGUUUGUGACAUGUGGGAUUUAUUUUGAUGAAGUUUGAAAGUACUUAGGUGUCUAUUUGUGCUUUUCACAUAUUAGUUUUUGGAGUUUUAUGCCCAGGAAAUUGAAAUUUAAGACCUGGAGUGUUUUUUAAGCGUGGAAAGUGCUUAAAUAUAAUUGUAAAAAUUAUAUUAUAAAUAUACUUGUAAUAAUAAUAAUAGUGUACACAGAUAGUUGUUAUGUUUGUUGUUAUAUUAUUGUAUGUAAGUGCCUGAAAUAUAACUUGAUGGAUAUUGCAGUUAAACGGCCUUGUUAUCUUCUCGUCUAGGUACUGGGAGCGAGGAAAAAGUAGGGAGCCAUCACCGAGGAAAUAAAGCGUUGGUAAAAAGACUAAAAGACAACUCUUGUCGAGGAAAGGAAUGCGUGAGAUGAAAUUAGUGGCUGGAUAACGUGGCGGCCACUUUUUGCUCGGUCGGGCCGGAGAGAUGAGGCGAGAUUCCUUUUUCGUGGUUUUAAUGUUUUGCAUAGGCCCGCUGGUUCUCUUAAAUGCUGCCUUAGUCUUUGCGACAACGCUGGACCACGUUAAUGUUGCAGAGUCAAAUGCAGCGGUCGGAGGAGUUGGAGCUGGGAGAGGCGUAGUAGCCGCGAUGACUGCAUCUGGAAUGAUGCCCGAUGAAGAUUCCGAGGAUCAAGACAAUGAAGACGAGGAGGAGGAUGAAGAGGAGGAAGACGAGGACGAAAGAGACAGAGAUUCUCUUGGUGGGACUAACGAUGACUCGUAUUUGCUGGGCGAAGACGAGGACUCGCCUCUGGCGACCAUCACGGGCGGAGGCGGCAUCUCCAAUCCCAACAUCAACAUCAACGGCAAUUCUAAUGGCAAUGCCAACGGAAUUGGGAAUGUCAAUGUGAAUACGAAUGCCAACGGGAAUGCGAACAGUGGCGCGGGGACCGGGAACGCCGGGAACAGUGCCGCUGCAGAUACCGAGCUAAUCUCCGAGACGGGGGGCCACCUCCCCGUCUUCCUAAUGGAGCCCCUGGAUGCCUUUGUCGUCAAAAACAAACCGGCGACGCUCCGCUGCAAGGCCGCCCACGCGCUCCAGCUUUACUUUCGCUGCAACGGGCAUCGCGCCGAAGAUUCUCAUCAGACUGAUUUUGUUGAUCCCCACACGGGGACCAGGAUCGUUGAUUCUGAGCUCAAUGUUACCAGGGAUCACAUCGAGGAGUACUUCGGAAAAGACAAAUUCAAGUGCGAGUGCGUCGCUUGGGCUGGCUCCGGGUCCAUCAAGAGUCAACCAGCUGUCGUCGAUGUUGCGUAUCUGAAAAAGCAAUUCGAGUCACCGCCGUACUCGGUGUCGGUCGAAGCCGGGCAGAGCACCGAGCUCAGAUGUAUACCACCCACCGGGGUGCCGUCUCCGCGAGUCUACUGGCUGAGGAAUGGAGCGGCAAUCACGACCGGCUCGGAUGCCGACGCGGCUCUCCUCGUCUCAAGCGAGGGCCAUCUUCUCUUGGGUCAAGCCAAGAUCACUCACCAGGCCAAUUAUACCUGCGUUGCCGAGAACAUUGCUGCAAAACGUCUCAGCGCCCCAGCGACCAUCACUGUUUACGUUAAUGGCGGCUGGUCCGCCUGGUCUCCUUGGUCGGAGUGUCACUCACGUUGUGCCAAGGGCGGUCAAAAACGGACGCGAACCUGCACAAAUCCGGCGCCCAUAAACGACGGGCAGCCUUGCCUGGGUCCUGCAGUCCAGAAGAUGGAUUGCAACGCCGCAUGUCCCGACCGAGUCUCGCAGGGAACUGCCAUCGAGACAGCCGUAGACGGUGGAUGGUCCAGAUGGUCGGCCUGGUCGGUCUGCGGGAGCGACUGCACUCACAUAAGAACAAGGACCUGCGAUGAGCCCACUCCGGCCCAUGGUGGUCGGCAUUGUCAAGGAAGGGACACGGCUGUUGCCAAUUGUACCGGGGGACUAUGUAAUGUAGAUAGAGCAAAAAUGGGUGGCGUUCAAUUCACGACGACAACGACUACGCAAAAAGCGGCCAAUCGACGAAUGGACGUGGCGCUUUAUGUUGGGCUCGCACUCGCCUGCGCUUUUGGCGGCGGGCUUGCACUUCUUUUAAUCAGACUUGUACGCCGGAAAGGCCGCGACCACGCUCUUUACUCUAUGGCACGUAAUGCAGAUUUCCAGCCGGAGUACUUUCCAGAACACGAUAAGAAAAUGUGUCUCCAGCCGGAUCUAACAGCAGGAACAACAGUCCAAGCCUCCUACGAGUAUCCCUUCGAUCCGAAGCUCUCUCUGUCCCGCUCCCUCUCGGAGCACCAUUACGACGUGCCCCAUCUUUCAAUAGCCCAGGAACAGCAGCAACAACAGCAACAGCAACAGCACCAACACCAUCAUCAGCAGCAACAUCCGUCGCCGUCAGUGUCAUCGCCCAGCCCGAGCAUCCUCAGCAGCCAGGAGUCCUGCAGCGGCGCGGCGAACGCCGACAAGCAAAUUUACUCCGGGAGUGAAAACAGCGGGACCAGCGUCGGAAGUUCCUCGUACCCGUCCUCAGAUUCGACGACGACGACCUACAACGUCGCCUCGGAGCGCGUGAGGCUCGCCGCGGCCAAGCUCGAGCAGUCCGGCAACGUCGCGAGGGCCGCGGUCAACGCACGGGGGGCCCUCCUGGUCCUUCCGGACUCCGGAGUGUCCCUCUCGGUACCGGAGGGCGCGAUCUCCAAGGCCCAAGGACGGCGACAGCUCGACCUAUCUGUUCUCGACGAGGACAGGUUCCGCCCGAGAUUGCCAGAGGGCAUGACUCAACUAUCGGCAGCGAUCUACUGCGGGCCACCUGCUGUCGCGUUCGACAAGCCGGUGAUCCUCCAGUUCGAGCACGCAGCGAUGUUGCACCCCGCGGGUACGUGGGAACUGAGCGUCUGGGCGUCUGACGACCAGCCUGACGGGCCAGCUGAUGAGGAGGAGACGGCCCAGGACAGCAAGCUGAUGCACCCGCACCAUACGUCCAGCGGGGACUCCAGCCUGGACAAGCUCAGCCCAGUCACCUGGACAAAAGUCCUCACGCUGGGCAGCGAGACGAUAAACACGCCGCUGUUCACCCAACUGGACCACUCUGAGGCUUUUAUCGUCACCGAGCAGCUCCGGAGCUACGUCCUGGUCGGGUCCAGCGCGGAAGACGCGAUCGCCGCCAAGAGACUCCGGGUCCUGCUCUACGCGAGCCAAUACUGCGUCCGGGUCUACGUAAUCGAGGACACAAAAGCCGCAAUAAAGAUAAUCGCUGACCGCGAGGCUCAAAUUCGCGGAUACCUCCUCGACAAGCCGCGGCCUCUCCUCUUCCGCGACAGCGGGGAAAAUCUCUGGGUCAGCCUUGAGCAGGUCGGCAACGAGUGGCAGAGCAAGUCCCCGACAGAGCACCAGGAAAUCGCGUUUGCUGAUGUCUGGAACUGUCCCAGCAAUUCGAGCCACGUCGCGUUUACUCUAGACGAAAGUUUCGAUGCGGUUACGACCACCAAGAGCUACAAGCUCCAGGUAUGCCAAGGCCGGACCUCUGACGCCCAGAGGCAGGUAUUUCGCAUCGUCUACGACGUGAUUAAGCAACGGGUCUUUUCGGGUAGUGUUACUCGCCCGCUCAGGGAAGUUACCGUCGUUAGCAGUGUUGGUGCCAAUAAUAUUACGUCUACGGACUCCUCUGCCCGCGGGCCUUUCAGGUUCACCAGAUCCCUCAGGAAACAACUCUGCCAGUGCCUCGACCCGCCCAACGCACUCGGCAAUGACUGGAGAAUGCUCGCUCAGAGACUACAAGUUGACAGAUACAUCAAUUACUUCGCCACAAAAGCCAGCCCCACGGAGCACAUUCUGGAUCUUUGGGAGGCACGACAUCGCGAGGCAAGCGCAGUUACCGAUCUACUUAACCAUUUACGUACAAUGGGAAGAACCGACGCGGCGACUAUCCUCGAAGCACAAUUGGGAGCCUGGCUCUAGACCUAGACGCCAAUAGACUGUUUUAGAUUAUACUUACAUUUAUUUUAUUAUUAUUACUAUUUUUUUAUCCACUUACUUUUAAUUAUCUGCCUUUUUUACCGAAAAAAAACAAUU